AUGCAGGAACAGUUGAUUUUGAUAACUAUUCUCGCGGUGGUCAAUGUUGCAUCGUGUGCUGGAAUUCAGCAAAGAAACGAUCCACCUUGCUUGGCAGAUGAUAACUUCUUCGCUGCCGGACCCGAGUGCUAUAGCUUUUAUUCCUGUCGCAAUGGCGAUUUAGAGCUCAUUGAAUGCCCAGCUGGUUUGCUGUGGAAUAAUGACAUUUCCAGAUGUGAUUCUGCAGAGAAUGUGCAAUGUGAGGAUGAAGGGACAACGGUCACAACAGAAGAACCACCUACAGAAGCUCCAACAGUACCUCCAACGACAUCACCUCCUUCCAAUACAUUCAUGCCAGAAGUGGACGGUGCAUUGCCAAUACUUUUUCCUGGAUCAGAAUGUCCACCAGAUAUAAUUGCGUUUCUGCUGCAUGGAACCGAUUGUCGACGAUUUUUCUACUGCUUGUAUGGUAUUCAAUAUGCACAGACAUGUCCGUUUUUGGAAACGUUUAAUUUUGUCGUUGGGCAUUGCGUACCCCGGGAGCAAUCGUUCUGUUUUCCAGGUAGCGAAUAUUAG